UAAAGUAAGAUGGCGGGCAUGCUGUCUCUCCUUUUCGAUGAAUUACGAUAAAAUUUUACCUCACUUUAGUGCGAUGGCAACGCAGAAACCGGGUGAAUGGGUACAAUCGCUCAUAACCCGGUUUGACAAUCAGUUGCCCAUCCGCACUGGCCAGCACACCACCCAAUCAAUCCAGAAUGUGGAACAGAAUAAGGAGUGUCUGAUUAAUGUCAGCAAAUACAAGUUCUCCUUGGUCAUCAGUGGACUGACCAAUAUUCUCAAGAAUGUGGACUCCAUGAAAAUAUAUGGACCAGAAGCAGAGAGGAAUUUCUAUGAUUCACAGCUUAUAAUUCUAGAAACUCUAGAACAGUGUUUAAAUGGACAACCAAAGGACACCUCCCGUUUGGAUGAACAAAUGUACGUCAAGCUGUUGCUGCCAGAGAUCUGUAAAUUUUUGAACUUGCCAAGUGACACCCCAGUUUUGAAUCAGUUGAAGCACCUAUCUUCCAAGGUUCUGUUUGCUCUGAGCCUCAACAACUUCACAGCUGUCUUCAACAGGAUUUCAGCCAGAUUACAUGCCUUGUCGACAUCUAGUGAAGAUGUGUCGGAUACUACAGACCUUGAGCUCAUCCAGCACAUAAACGUGGACAUGCACAGGUUGAUCAAGUUAUUGGCAGAGACUGCUAACAAGUUCAAAUCUUUGAAGAAAAAUGUCCAUAUCUCACUGGCAAUUAGCUUGGAAAAGGCUAUUUGGAACUGGAUGGACAACUACCCAGAGGAGUUCACUGAUCUGCAGAGAAGACCUGAUGAUGAACUGGCAGAUUGCUGUGACCGCCUGUUUGAACUGUUCAACCACUUUGCUGAGAAUGCCAAGAGAAAAGCAGCUGUGUGGCCCCUGCAGAUGAUGUUGCUAGUCCUCUGUCCAAAAGUCCUUGAAGAAAUCACCAACUCAGAUGCAGGAGCCCCAUGCUCUCCAGAUCAUCUGAAAAAGAAACAUUUUGUGGAUGAGUUGAAGAAGGCCCUCUCACAUCAUGGCUACUCCAAGCAGCUGACCGAGGCUGCGGCAGUGACAUCUGUCAAGCUGUGUAAAGUAUCAACUUACAUUAACAUAGCCGAUAGGACAAAUGUGGUCUUUGUGCUGGUCCAGCAUGUCUUUGCUGACCUACGGAAUCACCUGUUCAACCAAGUGAAGCCUUUCUCUCGUGGCCCUAGCAGUGUAUCCCAAGACAUAGAUCUGAUGAUUGACUGUUUUGUCUCCUUCUUCCGUAUUAUUCCUCACCAUAACGAUGUCCUGAAGAUCUGCCUGCAUCCUAGCUCCCCCUCCACAUAUCACUUUGUGCUAGUAAAUGCUCUUCACAGGAUCAUCACACAGCCCCGGUUGUCUUGGUGGCCCAAGAUUGACAUCAUCUAUGGCAAAGCCCAUGAACUAAGAAAUAUGUUCACAGAUACACUGAAUAAGGUGUCCCAGGGGUUGAGUGGCCACACCCCUCUCCGACAGCAGUGGAAAGAGAAAGUGCCUGGUUUGAAGUUCACCAAAGAAAAGAAUCCUGAUGAGGGGCCAAACUACAAGUACCUCUUGUUGUGGAUUGUACGGCUUAUCCAUGCUGACCCUAUACUUAUGUUACAUAAUCCCGGUCGUGCUGGUCAUGAAAUCCAAAGCAGCACGUUGGAGCUGAUCAAUGGUUUAGUGUCCCUGGUUCACCAGCAGUCUAUGCCUGAUGUGGCACAGGAAGCCAUGGAGGCCUUGUUAUGUUUACAUGAGCCAGCUACUAUUGAACUGUGGAACCCUGAGGCUCCCAUUAAUACUUUCUGGGAUGUAAGCUCCCAGGUGCUAUUUUCCAUUUCCCAAAAGCUUAUUCAGCACCAGAUAGUGAAUUACACUGAAAUUUUGAAGUGGCUGAGAGAAAUUUUGAUCUGUCGUAACAAUUUCCUGCAAAGGCACAAGGACUAUGCUAACGUUGGGAGCAAUAUUCCCAUCUGCAGACAGGCUCACAUAAAACUGGAGGUUGUUUUCUUCAUGUACCUGUGGAGCAUAGACAUAGAUGCAGUGCUGACUGCCAUGUCCUGCUUCCGUCUGCUGUGUGAAGAGGCAGACAUCCGCUGUGGAUCUGACGAGUUGGCGGUCACACAGCUCCUCCCUAACUACAGUGUGUAUGCUGAGCUAGCCCAGGCCAGUAUGGAACUGACCACAGGGAGAGCUGCUCUGCAGAAGAGAAUUAUGGCCUUGUUGAGAAAAAUUGAAUACUCUACAGCUGGUAACUAUCAGGCUUGGGAAGAUACCUUCAUGAAUUGGGAAAGUGCUACCAGAUAUCUGGUGACCUAUCCCAAAUCCAAACUGGAUGAUGGCAGCUUGAUCGGGGAUACAUUUCAUAGAGCCAACAAGAGGAGAGCCUCCUCACAUCAAAGUACAGAACAUGAUCUUGAGGACAUGCUAAAUGAGUGGGCCAACAUGACAGGGUUCCUGUGUGCCCUGGGCAGCGUGUGUCUCCAGAACAAGGCUGUCUUGAGGUCCAAUGUGGGAUCCCUGCCUUCCCUGGAGAGCAGGAAAGCUAGUGUCAUCUCAUGCCACACCUCAGAGUCACAGUAUUGCCCUGUUACACAAUUUAUUGGCAACCUGUUGAAGCUGUUGGUGUGUCAGAAUGAGAAGUUUGGUCCACAGAUACAGAAACAUGUCAAAGAACUUGUAGGACAUGAACUGAACUCUGCCGUGUACCCCAUCCUCUUUGACCAGAUUAAAAUAUGUGUAGAGAAGUGCUUCGAUUCAGCAGGACAGGUUAUAGUAAAUGAUUGGAACACCCAGUUCAUAGAGAAUGUGAUCUUUAUAAUGAAGAACAUUCUGGAGAGUCGCCCAGAUCAGCCGUGCGAGCAUCUUGGAGUGACCAGCAUUGAAUCACUGAUGUUGGGUAUUGUCAAGUACGUCCGUCAUCUUGACUCUAAUGUUCAUGCUAUACAAAUCAAGACAAAGUUGUGUCAGCUGGUGGAAGCUAUGAUGAACCGUAGGGAUGACCUGACAUUCCGCCAGGAAAUGAAAUUUCGGAACAAACUGGUGGAGUACUUGACUGACUGGAUCAUGGGGAAUUCUCAUCAGUACAAUGCUCAGGAUGUUAGUCAUAUGUCAAGGUUGACCCUGUCCAGAGACUUGGACCAGGCCAGUAUGGAGGCAGUAGCCGCCCUGUUAGCUGGCUUACCACUCCAGCCAGAGGAGAGUGACCGUGGUGACCUCAUGGAGGCAAAAUCUCAGUUGUUUUUAAAAUACUUCACCCUGUUCAUGAACUUGCUAAAUGAUUGUUCAGAAGAAUCUGAUGACAAAGUUAUGGAUGCUACAAGGAAGAGAACUAGUUCCAACCUCAGUUCCCUGAGGAACUGUACUGUGCUUGCCAUGUCUAAUCUGUUGAAUGCUAACAUAGAUAGUGGACUCAUGCACUCUAUUGGGUUAGGUUAUCACCAUGACCCACAGACCAGGGCAGCUUUCAUGGAAGUUCUUACCAAGAUAUUACAGCAGGGCACAGAGUUUGAGACUCUGGCAGAGACAGCCUUGGCCGAUCGCUUCGAGAGGCUGGUAGAACUAGUGACCAUGAUAGGAGACAAGGGAGAGCUUCCCAUUGCCAUGGCUUUAGCCUCUGUGGUAUCUACACAGCACAUGGAUGAGCUAGCCCGUGUAUUUGUGACGCUAUUUGAUGCCAAGCACUUGCUGUACCAGUUAUUAUGGAACAUGUUUUCCAAAGAGGUUGAAGUCGCUGACUGCAUGCAGACUUUGUUUCGAGGCAACAGUUUGGCCAGCAAAAUCAUGGCGUUCUGCUUCAAGAUGUAUGGGCAGAAAUACCUGCGCGAACUUCUCAGCCCUUAUCUGGAGGAAAUGUUCAUGUCUGAUAAGCAGUGUGUUUCGUAUGAAGUGGACCCAGCAAGGUUGGAAGGGUGCGAAAGUAUUGAAGACAAUCGAAGACAUCUCAUGCUGUUGACACAGAAGGUAUUCAAUGCCAUCAUGGCAUCUUCCCAAAAGUUCCCUCCCCAGUUACGCAACAUGUGCCAUUGUUUGAAUCAAGUUGUUAGCUGCAGGUUUCCCGAUUCUGCCACAGCAGCUGUUGGAACUGUGAUAUUUCUCCGUUUUAUCAACCCAGCUCUAGUGUCCCCGUGUGAGUGGGGAAUAAUCGACCAGGAGCCAACUCCGGGGAUAAAGCGUGGCCUAACACUAAUGUGCAAAAUCAUGCAGAACAUUGCCAACCAUGUUCUCUUCACCAAAGAACAGCACAUGAGGCCAUUUAAUGAUUUCCUCAAGACCAACUUUGAGUCGGGCAGAAGGUUUUUCAUUGAAAUAGCCUCUGACUGUGAAACUGCAGACAGUGGAAACCACAGCUUGUCCUUCAUAAGUGAUGCCAAUGUCCUGGCUCUGCACAGGCUACUGUGGAUCAACCAGGAGAGGAUAGGGGAGUACUUGUCCAGCAGCAGAGAUCAUAAAGCAGUUGGCAGACGACCGUUUGACAAAAUGGCCACCCUGCUGGCUUAUCUUGGACCGCCAGAGCACAGGCCUCUAGACUCACAGUGGAGCAGCAUGGACAUGACAAGUACGAAGUUUGAGGAGAUCAUGUCAAAGUACAACAUGCAUGAGAAGGAUGAGUUUAAGUCCUUGAAGUCUCUGAACAUCUUCUACCAGGCUGGCACCAGCAAACAAGGGAACCCUGUUUUCUAUUACAUAGCUAGAAGAUACAAGGUGGGAGAGAUCAAUGGGGAUUUACUCAUCUAUCAUGUGCUGCUCACCCUCAAGCCAUUUUACCACAAACCAUUUGAACUGGUGAUAGAUUUUACUCACACGUGUGCAGAUAAUAGAUUUAGAACUGACUUUCUCUCCAAAUGGUUUGUGGUGAUGCCAGACACAGUGUAUCAGAACAUCAUGGCAGCGUACAUCUACAACUGUAACUCAUGGGUCAGAGAGUACACUAAAUACCAUGAGAGAAUAUUAGCUCCUUUACGGUACCAUAGGAAGCUUGUUUUUAUAGACCACCCCUCCCGCCUCAAUGAGCACGUGGGCACGGAGCAGCAGAAACUGCCAGGAGCAACUCUUGCCCUAGAGGAAGACCUCAAAGUCUUCAACAAUGCUUUGAAACUCUCACAUAAAGAUACCAAAGUUGCCAUCAAGGUGGGUCCCAAUGCUAUCCAAGUGACCUCCUCUGAGAAGAGCAAGGUGUUGGGCCAUGCGGUAUUGCUCAAUGAUGUCUACUAUGCCUCUGAAAUAGAGGAGGUUUGUUUGGUGGAUGACAAUCAGUUCACUCUCACUAUCUCCAAUGAGAGUGGCCCUCUCUCCUUUAUUCACAAUGACUGUGAUAGCAUAGUGCAGGCAAUCAUACACAUUCGGACACGUUGGGAACUGUCUCAGCCAGAAACUGUUACUGUCCACACCAAAAUCAGACCAAAGGAUGUUCCAGGAACAUUGCUCAAUAUAGCUUUACUGAACUUGGGCAGCUCAGAUCCCAGUCUGAGGUCUGCUGCUUACAACUUACUCUGUGCUCUCACCCAGACCUUUGACCUGAAGAUUGAAGGACAGCUGCUAGAAACUACUGGUUUAUGUAUCCCCUCCAACAACACAAUCUUCAUCAAGUCUAUCAGUGAGAAGCUGGCUGCCAAUGAACCCCACCUGACCCUGGAGUUCCUGGAGGAGUGUAUCCAAGGCUUCAGGAACUCCAACAUAGAGAUGAAACAUUUGUGCUUGGAGUACAUGACUCCAUGGUUACCCAAUCUUACCAGAUUCUGUAAACAUUCUGAUGAAAACAAGAGACAGAAAGUUGCUCUGAUUCUGGACAAACUGAUCACCAUGACCAUUGAUGAAGUGCAGAUGUAUCCUUCCAUCCAAGCCAAGAUCUGGGGAAAUAUUGGCCAGGUGGCAGAUCUUCUUGACAUGGUGCUAGACAGCUUUAUAAAGAGAAGUGUUACAGGUGGCCUUGGCUCCAUCCAGGCGGAGAUCAUGGCGGACACCCUGGUGGCCUUGACCUCUGCUAAUGUCCAGCUGGUCUCCAGGAAGGUCAUUGGACGGUUGUGCAGGCUGAUAGACAAGACCUGUAUGUCUCCUACCUCUACACUGGAGCAGCAUUUGAUGUGGGAUGACAUCGCCAUCCUUGCCAGAUAUUUGCUCAUGUUGUCAUUCAACAACUCACUUGAUGUGGCUAGUCAUUUACCAUUCCUGUUCCACAUUGUGACACUGCUAGUGCACACGGGUCCACUGAGCCUGAGAGCGUCCACACAUGGCCUGGUCAUUAAUAUCAUUCACUCCCUCUGCACAUGUUCACAGUUGGAAAUGAAAGAGGAAACAAUACGGGUGCUGAAGCUGAGCUUGACAGAAUUUUCUCUGCCCAAGUUCUACCAGCUGUUUGGGAUCAGCAAGGUGAAGUCAGCUGCGGUGAGUGCAUUCAGGACCAGCUACAAGGCAGGGGACAGGUCCUUUGUGUACAGUCCAGCAGAACAGGAGAGGAUGUCUCUGAACUCACUGGAGGUCAUCACAGAUGCCUUGUUGGAAAUAAUGGAGGCAGUGAUGAAGGACGUUGCUCAGGAUGAGCCACAGCGAGACUGGCUGCAGCAGUGGAUUGACCUGUCCAAGAGGUUUGCCUUCCAGUACAACCCGGCUUUACAACCCCGUGCAAUAAUAGUUUACGGUUGCAUUAGCAAGACGGCUAAUGACUCCGAGAUCAAACAGUUACUUAGGAUUCUUGUCAAGUGUGUUGGUUUCCUGGACAAGACGGUAAAGCAUUACUUAGUUUGCACAUGCAACUAUACCAUGUUGAAUAUUGAGAGAGCUUUGGAAUCUUUCACAGAUCUCCAGCUCAUAGAUGGUAUAGUGAUGUGCCUGACCAGACUUCAGCCACUACUCAGACCAGAUUCUCCAAUUCACAAGUUCCUUUUCUGGGUGGCCAUUUCGGUGUUGCAGCUGGAUGAGGUGUCUUUAUAUGCCUCUGGGUUAGCUUUGCUAGAACAGAAUCUCCACACUCUAGACAAUCAGGGAUGCUUCCAAGAACAGUACUUGGAACGAAUCAUGAUGGCGACCAGAGAACCCCUUGAGUGGCAUUUUAAACAGCUGGAUCAUUCCAUGGGCAUGAGCUUCAAGGCCAACUUUAACUUUGCAUUGGUGGGACAUUUACUCAAAGGUUUUCGCCAUCCAGAACCCACCACAGUCUGUAGAACUGUCCGUGUGCUCAACAUGUUGCUGUGCAUUGUGGCUAAACCAACCAAGAGAGACAAAUUUGAAGUCACUCCAGAAAGCGUGCCAUAUUUAGCAGCCUUGGUGUCAGUGUCUGAAGAAGUCCGCAGUAGAUGUCACAUGAAGCACCGCAUUAGCCAGAGCAUCACCGAGUCCACCUCGACGGACAGUCUGAGUGGAGAGCUGAUGUCCAGUCAGGGUGUCCUGGUCGGCCAGAUCCCCAUGAUGACCACACCCACCACCAGGAGACAGAAGAGCUGGGACCUGCUUGACCAGAGUGCCAUGGCAGCUGCUCGGAUUAAAAAUCCACACUUGCUCAGUGUACAGUCUUGUGAUGCUACCCUCCAGGCUAGCAGUCCCAAGACCUGGAAAAGUCUGGACUCGGCAGAGCCUAGUCUGGUCAGACCGCCAUUUAAAACCCAGCGCAGUAGCUCUAUGCCGACCCCGAAAUCCGCUCCCAAGGAUUCGGUGGAGGGGGCUAUGAAAAAUGAUGGGGGUGGGGCUAAUGGGGGGAGUGCCAGUAGUAGUACUAGUAGUGCCACUACUCAGAGGAGUGCCAGGGGCUCUGUCUCCAAUGAGAAUAACAUACUCCUGGACCCUGAGGUGUUGACUGACUACAGGACACAGGCGCUGUUACUCACUGUCUUGGCCACCCAGGUGCGUAAUACCACUGAUGACAAUGAAGCCCGCAUACUGUAUGAAUACCUGGCUGAAGCCUCUGUUGUGUUUUCCAAAGUAUUCCCGGUGAUUCAUAGUUUGCUGGACUCCAAAAUCAACUCUGUGUUGUCCCUGUGCCAUGACCAGGUGAUCUUGAAUGCUGUCCAGAGCAUUAUACAGAACAUGAUUUCCUGCGAGGAUGUCUCACAGCAACAGCUGUCUUAUAUACAGAGUAUUGGUUUUGGGGGACUUUGGAGAUUUGCUGGGCCAUUUACUAAGUCCACUCAGAACCAGGAGAACGCAGAGCUGUUUGUGAACUGUCUGGAAGCCAUGGUGGAAACUUGUCUCCCAGGAGACGACAUCGAUGUCCAGAACCCCUAUCCCAGCUCUCUGGGCAUCACCUCCAACCCUUGCCUGUCCAGUUCCAUGUCCAGCAUCAGUGUGACCAGUGUCCAGUCCCCAACUGAUAAGGAAGCCUUGGAUCUUAGCUUAUCGGCCAGUAACAGUGCUAAUCGCGUCCGUCACACCUCGGCCAGUCAUGUGGUCCACAAGCCCCGCGCUGGAAGCUUUAAGAGGAAAAGCAGUAAGAAGAAGCAGGCGGGAAUGUACGAGUAAUACAGAAAUAUUUUGUGUAGUUGAAAAUAAUGUUCAGAUUUAAAAUAAAUAUUUAUUGUAAUGUUGUCUGGGACGAGUGGCAAGGAGAUUGAAAGAGUUCCUACCAUGUUUUUUAUGAGGCGGAAAUGGACCCAACUGAACUGAAAGUGGCAACGUAAAAAAAUGUUGAUGAUGUUGUCUAUACAUGCUUGGGUCCUGUAUUUGGUGCUAUAUAUAAAUCUGUCUGUAAACAUGUGCCAUUCAUUCAGUAUAUAAAUGUAUUCGGGUUACCAGCAUUGAGCAGAAAUGAAGACCUCUCAUUAGGCAUGGCUUCUAUUUAUUUUUCUUACUUGGCUGAUAUUGGUUUGAAAUGAAAAUAAGUUCUUUUUUGAAAAGAAAAUGUUCUUUUAUUUUGUAAUCAUGAAAACAUAUGCUUAUGAGUUUCAUGGUUGAAAUGAAAUUAUUUUCUCAAAUUCAGUGAAGCAGGUUGGAAAAUUGAAUAAUCAAGCAACAAAGGUAAUUUUCAUAGUCGAAGUCUUACACACUCCAGGUUUUCCUUUAUAUAAUUUCAUUAUAAAAUUAAAUUUGAAGAUUUACCACUGCUUUGGGUAAAUAAAACACCCAAUAUAUAUA